CACCCGGCCGCUGCCGCCCCCCCCCCCCGCCCCGCGCGCGGCGGGCCCCCGAGGGCCGCGCGAGCCGCGGACCCGACCGCGCUCGGGCGGCCGGCUGCCUGCCAUGAUCCUGCUGGACCCCCGCAUCCGGGACUUCGUGCUGCUGCCGAUCGGGUCUUCUUUGUGGUGGUUCUGAUGUCUGCCCUGCGCUCGAGCCUCAUGUCCAUCUUCAAGACGGAGAACAAGGUCGACCUGAAGGAGGUGAAGACCAACCAGAUGCUGACCCGCUGCAGGAUGCUCAAGGUGCACGCCAACAUGCUGAGGGACCAGGCGUACAAGUCCAGGAGAGCGUACUUCAUCAAGAAGGACCAGGGCGUGCUCGUGAAGAAUCCGCCCAAGACAAAGGACCCGAUGGAUGCGCUGCAGGCCGCCCAGGACCCGUCGAUGAUGAUGGGGAUGAUGAAGAAUCAGAUGCUGUUCAUGGUGUCGCAGGGCGUUCUCGGGUACUGGGUCUCGCACCAGUUCCACGGCUUCCUUGUCGCUAAGACGCCGUUCCCUCUGACCUUCCGUGUGAAGAACAUGCUGCAGAGGGGCGUCGAGGUUGCGGCCCUGGAGGCAGGGUACGUCUCGGCGCUCUCUUGGUAUUUCUUCGUGCAAAUCAGCAGCUAUCCCCUGAUCGCGUUCAUCCAGUCGCUUAUAAAUCGAGACGUCGAGGCCGAGGGUGACCCGAUGUCGAUGAUGAUGGGGGGCAUGGGCGGAGGUGCUAGCCCCAUGGGCGGCGGCCCCGACAUGGCCAAAAUCUACAAGCAGGAGUCCGAGGGCUUAGAGAUCCUGAACUACGAGUUUGCCCUCGACAACAUAGAGACGGAGCUCUGGCGCAAGUGGAGACAGGACUCCGGCAACAUCAAGGUGUGCGUGCGCGUGCGGCCCUUCAUCAAGCAGGAGCUCAACGGCGAGAGGAGGCAGGAGGGCGACCCCGACCUGGAGUGCUGCAUCGGCGUCUCCGCCAAGACCUCGCUGGACAUCUGGAAGGACGGCGACAGGUCGACCAGGCGGUCCUACGAAUUCGACAGGGUCUACUGGUCCCACAGGCCAGAUCACGCGCUGUACGCUACUCAGGAGACGCUGCAGGCCGAGCUCGGGGACGACAUCCUUACCAACGCCAUUGAUGGCUUCAACAACUGCAUCUUUGCCUAUGGCCAGACGGGCAGCGGGAAGAGCUACAGCGUCCUCGGCGGCCCCGGCCAGGAGCGCGGGCUUCUGCCGCGAGUAGUCGAGGGUCUCUUCGAGCACACAGGCAGGCUAGAUGCGAGCACGACGGUCUGUGUGUCGGUGUCGUUCCUUGAGAUCUACAACGAGAAGGCCCGGGAUCUUUUGGUCGACGACAACGGUGUGGAGAGCUCGCAAAAGCUCGAAGUGAAACAGCAUCCCUUGCUCGGAGUCAUAGUACCUGGUCUGACUGAGGCUCCCGUGGAGAACUCCAAGGAGGUCACAGAUCUCAUAGAGUACGGUUCUAAAUUGCGGCAUGUCGGUGAAACUUCGAUGAAUGCAGAGAGCAGCAGAAGCCACUGCGUCUUCAUCUUCCGGACAUCCCUCAAAGACGAAGCGACAGAAGAAACCAAGCGUUCACAGACGAACCUUGUCGAUCUUGCCGGUUCCGAGCGUGCUAAGCGCACCAAGGCGGAGGGAUCUCGCUUGAGGGAGGGUGCCAACAUCAAUCAGAGUCUGUCUGUUCUCGCCCGGGUCAUCUCCAGCUUGGCAGAGGGCAAAGCCAAAAGCGCGCCAUUCCGGGAGUCAAAGCUGACCUAUUUGCUGAAGGAGUCACUCUCUGGUAAUUCCAAGACCAUCAUGAUGGCCGCCCUUUCGCCUUCCAAUUGGGACUACGAGGAGACCAUGUCAACGCUGAAGUUUGCACAGUCGGUGAAGCUCGUGCGGACCAGCGCGAGGCAGAACAAAGCCAACGACCAGAGCAUCGAGAAGCAGCUGCGCGCGGAGGCCGACAAGCUCAGAGAGCAGCUGCAGCAGCUCGCGGAGCAAGCGGGCGACCCCUGCCAGCAGCAGCUCGAGCGUGCGCAGAGGAAGCUGGAGGAGCAGGAGGCCCUCCUCCGGCGCUACGCGCCUGGGGGCUGGGAGGCGCUGGUGGAGAAGACCGAGCAGCUCCGGCGCACCGCCGUCGCCAGGGUGAACGGCGACGCCGUGAUGGACCCCAAGCUGAAGGCCUUCGUCGCCGAGUUCUACAACGGCACCCCACAAUCAGCUUCUGUCUCCGCGACGGCAACGGCUCGGACGCCUCCAGCAGCCAUGCGCUCUUCUCCUCCGACUCCAGCUCGGACGGGGAGGAGGAGGAGGGCGGCCACGACGCGGACGCGGAGGGCGACGACGACCAGGUGGUGCUGCUGUCCCUGCCGGGCGGCGGCGAAGGCGCCGAGGGGGACUCGCCGGCGGGGCCGAGCCGCGGCAGGCGCAGCAUCCGGAAGAGGGGUGAGGGCCUGGCAAGGCCGGCGGAGGGCCCCGGGGGCGAGGAGCUGA